AUGGUGCACCAACGCGCAUCCCAGCGGGCUUUCCUGCUGAGCGCGACACUCGGUCUCGCCAAUGCAUUCGCUCUGCCAGAGCCGACAGCUGUCCCCGCCAAGGUGGAAGUGCGCGCGCCUGUUGUGACUCCCGCGGCGAUCCGGUUCGUAGGGCGGCACAGCUACGUGGAGAAGAGGAACAUCAUCGACGACAUCAAGAGCGGCGUGGAUAACUACGCAGCCUCGAUAGGCAGCGUGCUGGGAACUGACCUGCCCAGCUUCUUCACAGAGGGCAUCCCCGGCUGGUUUGAAGGCCUCCCCACCGGCAAAGAGGUCCUGUCCAGCCUUGGCAUCGGCGACGACGACCUGGCUGCGAAGCCCACCGAAGUCCUCAACAUCCCUCCCUAUGCCAACUGGACCGACCAGGGCUGGAACGUCCGCUUCCACGGCAAUGUGUACAAGUUCCCGGACAUCAGCCAGGACAAGGUCGACGACCUGGCCAACGUCUUCCUCAUCGACACGAGUGUUGCCGAGCUGCCCGACAACCAGAAGGAGCAGGCACGCAACCUGACGCGCUCCAUCUUCAUCGUCCAGCAAGGCGACGUCAAUGUCUCCAUGUCGCUCGAGCCCGCGCCCAUGCAGGGCGGCGACGGCGAGCCCGGCGGCGGCAACUCCAUCGAAGCCCCCGGCGGCGUCCAGAACCUCACGCUCCCCUACGAGACGACCGAACUCGGCGACUUCGACGUCUUCGUCCCCAUCCAAUCCAACGGCCUCAUCCCCGGCAACGAAACCAACAACGUCCAGCGCCUAAACGUCUACACCAACGGCACCAACAGCGGCAACGCCACCGCCUUCCUCGUCCCCUCCGAGGGCAUAACCUUCAUCUCCGACAUCGACGACAUCCUGCGCGUAACCAAAAUCUACGACCCCAAAGAAGGUCUCCUAAACUCCUUCGCCCGCCCCUUCACCCCCUGGAUGAACAUGCCGGAUAUCUACGCAAACUGGUCCCGCACCCUCCCCAACAACACACACUUCCACUACCUGACCACGACCCCCGAGCAAGCGACCCGUCUGUAUAUGGACUUUAUCUACAAAACCUACCCCGGCGGCUCCUUCGACACCCGUCCCCUCAACUUCUCGGACAUCUCUGCCACGCUGUCCAUCCGCAAAUUCCUCCUCACCAAAGUGUUUGAGACUUUCCCCACGCGCAAAUUCGUUCUCGUGGCCGAUACUUCCAACAGCGAUGUCAUGAAAGCGUAUCCUGAACUCGCGCACGACUACCCAAACCAGGUCCAAUGCAUCUUCCUGCGGAAUACUUCGGCUACGGAUUCAGAUAUGUGGUUCCCGUACAAUACCGAAGGUUUCAAGGGAUUGAACAACAGGAGUUAUAUGUUCUUCCGUGAGCCGAAUGAUCUUGCGGGACUGGAUAUUGUUAAUGGACAGUGUUUGAAUGAGAGUAUUCCGCAGAAUGUUACGUUUUCGAGGCAAGCGGAGAUUCUGGGGAUUCAUGGGGAUAGUGCGGGUGGCAAGCUGCAGAGCGGUGCGACGAUUAGCUUUGUUGUGGCGUUGUUUGUGGCUGUUGCGCUGUCUCUGUAA